GUCUGUUGCGCUGCUGCUACUUGCUGCUGACGCUGUUCUACAACUCGUGCUAUAUAAUUUUAGUCGGUUCACAUAAAAAGCCCCCACUGAAGACACAUGUCGCUUGUACUCUUCCCGCACAAACAAGUACUACAUAAUCAACACCUUGCCACCCACAAAAUGUCCGUUCUCAUUACCGGCGCGAAUGGCAUGCUGGCAAAGCAGCUGCUGUACCACACGCCCGAUCUCCGUACCUGGCUGCAGUCCCACAAUGGUCUCCUGUAUGCGUCUACGAGGACAAAAUCGACGAAUGGUUCAUGCGCUGUUGGGGCAAAGAGCACAUCGCAAAAUGGGUACGAUAUCGAGGAGGCCGAUGACGUCCUAAGGAUCGUGCACUUUUUCGACGACUCGAACAACGAAAGCAGCUACUUCGAGUCUCCCGCCUUUGCUCAUGCUGUGGAACACAUCAUCAAACCCAUCGCGGUUAUUCACGCCGCCGCGGUCAGCAGCCCGAAGGAGUGCGAGCAGAUGAGUCCUGCUGAACUGAGAGGCUACAACACACCGACAAAGAUGCUGGAUGAAUUGUUCAGGUUUUGGAGUAGAGGUUCUUGUGACGAAAGUUCAUCAGAAGUUUCCGGUCUUGAGAGGGUUCCUGCAGGUGCAUCACUGCGGAGAAGCGUUUUUAUCUUCUGUUCCACGGACAUGGUGUACGCCGGUCGGGACGUCGCAGUUGCUAGUACGGCAGGUCUGGAAGACGACGCUAGCAAAAAAGGACAAAAGUUUUGCAACAGUCUUUGCUACUCUGAGUCCGAUCCGACCGAACCGGUGAACGCGUAUGGGAGAAGCAAACUCGCAUUUGAGCAGGCGGCUGUCGCAAAGACUGAGGAGCAGCCGGUGAAAACAGUGCGGAUUGGUCCAGCUCCUCCUGGGGACGAAGACAAUGCGGACGAUGAUCCAAAUCGUACUUCUAUCAAGGUCUACAAUCUCCGUCUCAGCAACAUGCUCCAUACGGAGUCGCGCUUUUUGAAGACGCUGCUAGAUGCCCACGAGAAUAAGGAGACUUUAUCUCUUCUCACCGACUCCCUGCGGAGUUUUGUCGCUUUGGAGGACGUGGCGCAGGCGAUUUUCCAAAUUUUGGCCAAGAAUUUCGAUGCAAAAGGCGCUGCGCCGGGAGAAGGGCAAAAUAAAACGACGAGUUCUAGCUCUGGGAUACUAAGCGCAGCGGCUGAAGAGGAGAAAAAUAUCGGUAGCAUAGACAUGCCUAGUCGUGAGCUUCCUGAGCACGAAGCGGUAGCGAAGAUCUACAAUAUCGGGGGCCCGGCAGGUCUGUCGCGACUGGACCUCGCGCGGAUUGUAGAAAAGGUGUGCGCGCCGGUAGAGCAAGAAUCACCGGCACCAAUCGACGUAGAGCAACCAGCACAGACCAGCACUUCGAAAGAAACCUGGCCGCUUCAACCCUGUCUGACGAGAGACCUGGAGGCAAAAAUGGGCUACACAGUGCCGCUGGACCUGACUAUGACCAGCAAGAAAUUUGAAAAGGAGUUUGGAUUUCGCUUCCGGUCGAUUGAAGAUUAUUUGCAGCAAGCGUUACCGAGAACAGCUAAGAACGCGACGUAGGCAGAGAAGUAUCGCAAAAGUUAGCAGCCAGGCACAGCAAUUCAGUGUUUCGCAGGUGCUGCACUGUGUAGUCCAUUCCUUUCGCGACUCGUUUCGACACUGUAUUUGUUCUUUG